CAGAUCCUUGGUAUUGGCGGGUUAAUCGAUGAGCAAUCCGAAACGUCGAAGAUCCAAUGUAGAAUUUUUGGAUCUAAAAAACAUUAUUGAAUCUCCACCUAUGGAUCUCGAUGCUGAUCAGAAUAUCAGAAAGUCAAAAAGACUUCAUCGUGAUUCUGUAUGUCUAUCAAAGUCAGAAAGUAAAGAGCCUUCAAAACCAUCCAGAGCACCUCGAAGAAAGUCAUUGAGAUGCCCAUUAAAGCAAUUAAAUUCGCAUGAUAGUACAUCCACUAGUCCUACUCAACUAACUGUUCAAAUGAAAAAUGACCUACCAUACAUGGAUGUUAGUUCUAUCAAUACUAUUUCAUUUGGUAAUCUGUCAAUUUCAUCACCAAACAAGUCAGAAAAUACUAAAUUAUCUGGUCCAAGUUCUUCAUUUAUUCCUGCAUUCGUUUCAGAUUUUUACCUCUCUAAAAGAUAUAUUCCCCCUAAGCACAGAGGGUUAGCCACAGUAGUUGAAGAUUCUGUUAAACGGAGUCAGCGACGUCCUAGAUCGUACAAAAAGACCGAACUUUCUCCAAUAAGACGACAAAUAUUUACAGGCCAAACUCUUGAGGAAGCUUGUGCCCCUACAGCUGCUGGUAUUGCUCCGCUAGACCCAGAACUUGUGUUGUCAGCUACACGUAAGCGUGUUAUCAGACGUCAAAGGCUUGCGAAAAAGUUAGGGUUUCGUGGCAUUAGUAUAUCCAAGCAGACUGAAGAGAACUUUGCUAAAUUUCUUUCACAAUCAAAUUUGAAUUCUUCUCACAGUAGCUCAGCAUCUAUCUGAGAUUAAAUGCAAUUGUCCUUCAUAUUAAUCUCGUACUGCUUAUUGAUACCUACGUCUUUCAAUUAAAUAUCAAAAUUCAGACCCUCCUUGUUUUAUGUAAAUCUUUUAUUUAUAUGACAGAUAUUUCCACCAGCGUUCACAUAGAAUCUUGCAUACAUGGUUUGCAAAAGCAUCGUAAGAACUUCAUAUUUCAUCCCUUUUAUCUUGCAUAUGAUAUCGUGUCGUGUAUACUUUUUGAUUAAGUAUGAAACCUGUUCAGAUUUUUUACAACUUGUGUUUACAAAACGAAUUUGACUUUUAACUCCCUUUAGAUUUUGUUACAGCCCAAGAUGUGGGGGAUUUUAUAAAACAUCAUUUACUCUGAAUAUAAUCUUUUUAGUUCUUUUGAAACAAAUAUCCUCAUAUUUUUCAAAAACGUUUCUUUUGUAAAGUUGGGCUAUGCUUCAAAUACUGAGACACGUUGCAUAUCAUUUUUAUCAGUGAGCUUUUACCACAGAUUUUAAAUGUGACCAUUAGCAAAAUUUUAAAUUUAAAAGAAAUCAAUUACGUGAUUGGGUUUUAAGAUUUUUUCAAUAUUGCUUGGUCGGCAGUUGGGUGCCCAAGUUUCCAAAAAUUCCCGUUUUAAUCGUACUUUCUUGUAACCUUACUAAUUUUAUAGAAUAAAUUGUGUGCACCAACAGUCCUGGAAGCAUGUUUCGUCCUAUCUAGGACCUGUCAGCUGCACCGAUUCUCAUCUCAAUGUUGAUUAUUUUGGGACUUGAACCCAGUGUCCUUUGUUUCAGACGCUAAUAUGUUAUGCACUAAGGUACUGAGUCAAGAUUGUCACUUACAUGUGUGCCGACAAAGACCAGUCAAAAUACAGUCUUGAUCAUCUAUAAAGUUACUAACUUCUGUCUGAGCCAUAUUGGUAGAUGCAAACAACUUGGGUGUGGUCCGGGAGAGUAUCGUAACCAGCGGUUGGAGGCCCUGGGUGGCAUGGCUCAGAAUCAAUCACAGUGAUACAGGUGCAUACACUCUAAGUCUUCCCUUAAACUGUGAGAUUA